UGUUCAUUGUAAAAACUCGUUUGCUGUGAACUGUAUCGCAGUUGAAUGUAGUUAACUGCAAUAAUUGUACCGGUUUUUAAAAACUAAAUUAAAGGUUUGUUUUUUUUUUGUUUUUUUGUUCACCGGAGGAUUAUCCUCGCUGUUUAAUGUCUGAAGGAUCUGGGCGAUUGUAGUAUCAUUUGUAUGUCAAGUCCUUCUUGGCAUUGAAUUGCAGUGUCGUUUUCUCGUUCUCUAACCGGUGGCGGAGUAGCAAAAAAAAAAAAAAAAAAGUGCAUUUCAGAUUAAAUUGUAUUUUAUUUGUACACCAUUGCAUUUACAUUGCGCGCUGCUUGCCACGGUUUAUUUGCAGAAAUGUGUUAAUUAUAACUUUGCUGUGUAUUGUGGUUCGUGCUGGAGGACGCAGGUUUAGCUAAUCUUUUAUUUUGCGAAAGCUCACAGCUGAGUAGUUUGGCGUCGUGCUGUGUUGGAUGAGUGCCGGCACAUCGUUAUAAUGACGUGCUGAGCGAGAGUCCUCCGGUUUAGUCUCAUAAUAACAUAUCCGAUUCUUAGCUCGCCUGUUGUAUUUUUAGUAACAUUGUAUCGCACCUUGUAGAGUGUUAUUGUUUUAAUUGGUGGCGAGGACUUACUUUUUAAAUGUAAACUCCUUGUUUGCUUAACUUCGUGUGCAGUGUUGUUUACUGUUUGUUUUAUCGACUACAGCUCUUAAAUAUUAAUUUUCUGUUUGUUUAAUGCCACUACAGACCGCAAGUAUCGUAAUACAACAUACACUGACUGUGUUUGUUUGUUUUUUUUAAACAAUAUUAAGUGGCCUUUUAAAGGUUCUCGGCAUUUAAGAUUCGAGCGAAGUAAAGCGUUAGAAAUUAAGAGAAGAGAUGAAUGGGUUCAGUACCGAGGAGGACAGCCACGACGGCCCUCCUGUUGCCCCGUUUUACGGCCAGAGCUGCUGUCUGAUCGAGGACGGGGAGCGCUGUGGCCGAUCAGCCGGGAACGCCUCCUUUAGCAAGCGGAUCCAGAAAAGCAUCUCGCAGAAGAAACUUAAACUGGACAUCGACAAAAGCGUGAGGCAUCUGUAUAUCUGUGAUUUCCACAAGAACUUCAUCCAGAGCAUUCGCAACAAGAGAAAGAGAAAGACCAGCGAUGACGGGGGGGAAUCUCCAGACCACGAUGCAGAAGUGCCAGAGGUUGAUUUGUUUCAGCUGCAGGUGAACACACUGCGCCGUUACAAAAGGCAUUACAAGAUACAGACCAGACCUGGCCUCAACAAAGCUCAGCUGGCGGAGACUGUGAGUCGCCACUUCAGGAAUAUCCCUGUGAACGAGAAGGAGACCCUGACCUACUUCAUCUACAUGGUGAAAAGCAACAAGAGCCGGCUGGAGCACAAAUCAGAAAACAGCAAAGCGCUGGAAUAAGUGUGUGCCUUUCUCUUUCUUUACUGCUUUGAAUAACUGCUGGGAUGCACACCCAGCAUGAUGGAGAGAAAGAGUGCAUUGCAGGCAGCCAGACCUCCCUCCUCAAGACUGCAUGUCCAUUCAAAACCAUAGCUACGAUGUAUAUUACACAUGCAUACGUACAGCUUUGGACAAAAGUGUUCCAUUACCUUGAGUUUUAGGACUGAGACAUUUAAAAAAAACUAAUGAACAUUUUUAUUUCAUGUAAUCAAACAAACUACAAAAUGAUAC